AUGAGAAAGCUCACGCCCGACGAUGGAAGCUUUCAUAUUACUGCGCCAGCUCAGUCUGACGCCGACAGACUAUUACAACCUGGCGAGCUCGACUUCGAUGGUUCCUCUGGCCAAGAGGGCCUCACUGCUGAACUGCUGGAUAUGAGAGUCAAUCCCGUGGAUGAUUUGUUAGAUAAGCUCAAGGUCAGAUACCAGAUGAAGAACCUAACUUGGACGACGAAUUAUGGCCAAACUCCAACAAGAAGCCAGGCCCCGCGUGCGCAAGCCCUUCGAUCUCACCGAGAGACAUUCGGUGGCCGUAGGUUCAACGUUCGCGGUUUUGCACAAACAGCUUGCAAGCUUAACGAUUGCCUUUUCAAGCGGAAUGGCUGGGAGCCUCAGGUCACUUUUCCAUAUCCUGUUUCUACGACCUCUAGCAAAGCCUCGCUCAUCCCCUAUGCCGACUGGGGUAUCGAGUUCGAAACCGAGCCAGGCUUCAGCCGGCUCUCUUAUCGCAGACACUUGUUACGAUUCAGUCGAGCUCCUCAGACGAGCCCUCGGUGA